AUGUCUACUUUCAUUAUACAGGUUACCUGCAACUCCGAUACCACAGAUUCAGAGAUGCAAAAGCUCAAAGAUGAGAUCACCGCCCACGGUGGCAGAAUAGUACAUGAGUACACCAUAAUCAAAGGCUUCAGCUUUACUCGCCCGGAAGCUUCCACCUUGGACCUCAAUACACUAUCUAGUCAUCCGAAUGUUGACAGUGUCGAAGCCGACCAGGUCGUUACUACCCAAUAG